GAUAAUUCAAUAGAGCCGGGACUUACGCUAGCUCAAUUUUUCCUCCAUCAGUAGCCCCUCAAUGCAGCCCAGCUUGUGUGUUGGAAGUGUUAUGAAUGGACAUGAAACUAAUGCUGCUUAACUUGUUAAUGGAAGUUAACGUGUUAGCUAAGAAUCCUUCUAGAAUCUGGCUGGACAUGGGUGAUGAGGGUGCAAGAUGGCAGAAAAUUAUCUAUGAAAAAGCUAAGAAGUUCUGCAAAUUCUGUCAGAAGCAAGACCAUGGAGAAGACGAGUGUAUAAAGAGGAAAGUCCCAGAUUUGCAGGCUGCUGAAGAGGUACAGAAUACGGAAAUGCAGGGUUUUCCACGAGAUAAAGGAAUGAAUGAUGAUGGUGUAUUUCAAUGUGAUAUAAUUUUGUAAUGAUGAGUAAAUGAAAGAAACAAUAUUGAAAUUAUUGGGAUCUGAGCUACUAGAUUCGAGGGAAUGAUACUGAGAAUUGUUAAAAAGUUGGAGAAUUAACACA